UUUAUCUUUCUUUUUUUUUUUCCCAUCUUGAAAAAAAAAAUAAUAGUAGAUUUAUAAUGUCUGAAAAUCUUAUUGCCUCACUUCAAAUUGGUCGUAAUGUUCCCUCUAUGUCUGUUGAAGAAUAUAGAGCACGUAAAGUUGCUCUUAUUACUGGUGUUACGGGUCAAGAUGGUUCUUAUUUAACAGAAUUUUUAUUAGAAAAAGGCUAUGAAGUUCAUGGUAUUAUUCGUAGAUCUUCUUCUUUUAAUACAGGUCGUAUUGAACAUAUUUAUAAGGAUAGACAUGAUCAAAACGUCAAGUUCUUUCUUCAUUAUGGUGAUUUAACUGAUUCUACAUGCCUUGUGCAUAUUAUCUCACAGGUUCAUCCAACUGAAGUUUAUAAUUUAGCAGCUCAGUCUCAUGUUAAGGUUUCAUUUGAUAUGUCUGAAUAUACAGGAGAUGUGGAUGCACUUGGCACACUUCGUCUUUUAGACGCUAUUCGUACUUGUGGAUUAAGUGAUCGUGUUCGGUUCUAUCAAGCUUCUACUUCUGAACUCUAUGGUAAAGUAGUAGAAACACCUCAAAAGGAAACUACACCCUUCUAUCCUCGUUCUCCUUAUGGUGUUGCUAAACUUUAUGGCUAUUGGAUUACAGUGAAUUAUCGUGAAUCUUAUAAUAUGUAUGCCUGUAAUGGUAUUCUUUUUAAUCAUGAAUCUCCUCGUAGAGGUCGUACGUUUGUCACUCGUAAGAUUACAAGAGCCGUAGCCGAUAUUCAUCUUGGACGUCAAGACUGUCUUUAUUUGGGUAAUAUCGAUGCUAAACGUGAUUGGGGUCAUGCUCGUGAUUACAUUGAAGGUAUGUGGCUUAUGCUUCAACAAGAGAAGCCCCAAGAUUUUGUUUUGGCUACAGGUGAAACGCAUACAGUUCGUAGUUUUGUAGAAAAGGCAUUCAAGGUGACAGGCCGUACUAUUGUUUGGGAAGGUGAAGGUGUAAAUGAGAUAGGUAAAGAUGCAGAUACUGGUAAAGUUCGUGUUCGUAUCGAUCCCAAAUACUUCCGUCCUGCAGAAGUCGAUCUUUUGUUAGGUGAUCCUACAAAGGCCAAUACUGAAUUAGGUUGGAAACGUAAAGUUGACUUUGAUAAAUUAGUUACUGAAAUGGUUGUUGCUGAUAUUGAAGGCGGCCUCAAGUCCUCCACAUUAAUGUAAUCCUUUUCUCUCUUUCUCUCUCUCUUUUUCCUUUUAUUAUUGUUAUUAUUAUUAUUGAUAUCAUUAUUAGAGUCAUUAUUUAAUUCCUUCAUUUUAUUGAUUUCAAGUCUAUUGUCAUUAACUUAAAAAUAUAUAUAUAUAUACACAUUUGUAUAUAAAUAAAUAAAAAGUUUAACAUAUUUAGUCAUUUGUA